GUACUACAGUUACAUUUGGCCCUCACCAUGUGUUUGACAUGUUCUGUUUUAGCACUGUGUUGGAUUAUUAGCCCACAAAACAAGUUCACCUUGAUCUUUUACAUUAAAUAUAAACUAGCUCAGGGACGAAAUUUGACAUAAAUCUACACCUGUGACGUUUCCAUCUAAAGAAGGCAGAAAUAAAACAGGGCUUUGGGCUAGGUUACAAUAAAACAUCAGAAGUGCCAGAAACACAAGUCUUGAAGCUCUAUCAGUCAGGAGGUAUGGCAAGUGCCCCUCCUGAACAGAAUCAGAAUCACUGCUCAGCCAUAAACAACAGCAUCCCACUGAUGCAGGGCAACCUCCCCACACUGACAUUAUCUGGAAAGAUCCGAGUGACGGUUACUUUCUUCCUUUUUCUACUCUCUACAACUUUUAAUGCUUCUUUCUUGUUGAAACUUCAGAAGUGGACUCAGAAGAAAGAGAAAGGAAAAAAGCUUUCGAGAAUGAAGAUGCUUUUAAAACAUCUGACCUUAGCCAACCUGUUGGAGACUCUGCUUGUCAUGCCACUAGAUGGGAUGUGGAAUAUUACAGUUCAAUGGUAUGCUGGAGAGCUCCUCUGCAAAGUUCUCAGCUAUCUGAAGCUUUUCUCCAUGUAUGCCCCAGCUUUCAUGAUGGUAGUGAUCAGCCUAGACCGCUCCCUGGCCAUCACGAGGCCUCUAGCUGUGAAAAGCAAUGGCAAGCUCGGACAGUCCAUGAUUGGCCUGGCGUGGCUCCUCAGUAGUAUCCUUGCUGGACCACAGUUAUACAUCUUCCGGAUGAUCCACUUAGGAGACAGCUCUGGGCAGACAGAUGGUUUCUCUCAAUGUGUCACACACUGCAGUUUUCCACAAUGGUGGCAUCAGGCCUUUUAUAACUUUUUCACCUUCAGCUGCCUCUUCAUCAUCCCUCUUCUCAUCAUGUUAAUCUGCAAUGCAAAAAUCAUCUUCACCCUGACACAGGUCCUUCAUCAAGAUCCCCACAAAUUACAACUGAAUCAAUCUAAGAACAAUAUACCAAGAGCUCGGCUGAGGACCCUAAAGAUGACAGUUGCAUUUGCCACUUCAUUUACUGUCUGCUGGACUCCCUACUAUUUCCUAGGAAUUUGGUACUGGUUUGAUCCUGAAAUGUUAAAUAGGGUGUCAGAUCCAGUAAAUCACUUCUUCUUUCUUUUUGCUCUUUUAAAUCCAUGCUUUGAUCCACUUAUAUAUGGAUAUUUCUCUCUGUAAUUGGUA